AGAGGAGGAAAAUAAAAUAGAGUCAGAGGAGGAGAAGAGACGAAAGAAGAGAAGAGAGGACGGAGAGAAGCAACCUGCAGAGCAGCAGCAGCGACCUGACGGAGACACAGCCUCAGUCUGAGCAGCACACACCCACUGAGACACACCGUGGUCCCUGUCUCUGGGCUGGAGGGUCCCCGGAGUGUGUGUCUCAGAGUUGUGCGCGUGUGUGUGUUUAUGUGUUGAUGAGUGUGUGGGAGUCCUGCAUCACUUUUGAUGGGACAUUGAGAGAUGUGUGUGUCACAGCGUCGCUGGAUGGGCUGUAAGGGCCCGUGUCCCCCGCCUCCCCUGAUCCUCCUCCUCCCUCUGGCCUUCCUCUCCCUCACGCCUCCCUUCGCUCAAGGAGCCAUAAACAUCCCCAAAGACUAUAAAGUGCAUAACAUGUCUCAGCCUCCAGUGUUGACAGAGAUGCCGAUAUCGUACACAGCGUUUUCUACAGAGGACAUAAAUCUGCCCUGUGAGGCCUCUGGUCUCCCAGCACCCAGUUUCCGGUGGGUGAAAGACGGUGAGGAGUUUGGGUUGGAGAAAAAAGGAUCAGGGACGUUGUGGGCCGAGUGGGAGACGGACCUCGCCUUCUACGAAGGUUUCUACCGCUGCUACGCUUCCAACACGCUGGGGACGGCUGUGACACAAACUGUACAAGUCAUCGUGGAGGCUCAACCGGUUCUUCUCAAACAACAGAAAGUACACAAGCGGGCGUACGAGGGAGAGAGCAUCGUUCUGUCCUGCAACCCCCCCGAGAGCACGACUCCUCCACACAUCCACUGGAUGGACAAGAGGAUGGUGCACAUCAAGCAGAGCGACAGAGUGAUGCUCGGCCUCGACGGGAACUUGUAUUUUGCAAAUCUUUUAAAGAGCGACAGCAGAGACGACUACAUCUGCAACGCACAGUAUUCAGCAGCCAGGACCAUCCUCCCAGAGACGUCUGUGAAUCUUACCGUCAUGCCCAGUAAUGACGUCGCCCACGGUAGAAAGCCUCAACUGUUUCGACCCCUCGACUCCCACAGCACGGUGAACGCCCUCCGAGAUCACAGCGUCACACUAGAGUGCAUCCCCAAAGGCCUACCCACUCCACAUGUGGAAUGGAAGAAGAAGGACGGCAGCCUGGACGAGACCAGCGGCGUCGUGGAGAACUCCGACCGCUGGCUCACCUUCAACAGCAUCACGCAAACCGACGACGGAGAAUACGAGUGUCGGGCCUUCAACAUCCACGGCUCCACCGCACACUCGUUCACCGUCACUGUGGAAGCGGCUCCUCAUUGGGUGAAGGAGCCUCAGAGCCUGUUGUACGCUCCGGGGGAAACUGUGCGACUGGAUUGUCAGGCUGAAGGAAUCCCGACCCCGACUAUCACCUGGAGCAUCAACGGUCAGCAGAUCACAGACGUGGACUAUGAAUCCCGUCGGGCCGUGUCCGGCGGCAGUUUGAUUCUGAAGGAAGUACAGUUUGCUGACACCGCCGUGUAUCAGUGCGAGGCCUCCAACAAACAUGGCACCAUCCUCCUCAACACCUACAUCUACGUCAUUGAGCUGCCUCCUCAGAUCCUGUCGUCUGACGGAGUCGUGUACAGAGUCGCUGACGGCAAAGACGUCAAGAUGCACUGCUCCUCCUUCGGGUCUCCACGACCACACGUCACAUGGGAGAGUGAAGACACACUUCCUCCGCUGUCGGACCCUCGGGUCGCCCUGCUGACCAACGGCACCAUGGAGCUGUCGGGCGUCAGUCACGACGACAGUGGAACGUACACGUGCUCCGUCCAACACACCAACAUCUCCAUCACUGCACAUCUGGAAGUUUUCAAUCGCACGAUGAUUCUGACAAGUCCACAGGACGUCCAUGUCCUCCGAGGAGCCAGCGCUCUGCUCGACUGUCGCUUCUACCGAGACCCUCGGCUGCUCAACUACCAGAUCGUCUGGAAGAGAGACGGACAGAAGCUGCUGGAGACGUCAGAGAGUGACAAGUACAUUUUCUUCAAUAAUGGAACUUUGAAAGUGACGGACGUCCAAUCAGUCGACACGGCGCAAUAUUCGUGUGAAGUCAUCACUGACCUGGACAACGUGCAAGCCAACGGCUCCAUCACCGUCGUGGCUCGACCCGACCCCCCCAAAGAUCUGUCUCUGUCCAACUUGGAGGACCACAGCCUCACACUCAGCUGGAUCCCGGGACACUCACACAACAGCCCCAUCACAGAGUACGUGGUGGAGGCCCGGGAGGAGCAGCACACGGAGGAGGGGAAGUGGAAGUGGGAGCAGUGGCAGGAGUUACCAGCCGACUUCAACCACCUGCAGCUGAACCUCCACCCCCACUGCAUCUACCGCUUCCGGGUCAUCGCCAUCAACGCGAUCGGCCGCAGCCACCCCAGCAAGGCCUCGGAGUCCCACGACACGCCACCUGCUGUUCCUGGCAGUAACCCCACCGGUGUCCGCAGUGACUCCACAGACCCAAAGACUCUGAUCAUCACAUGGGAUGAGAUGGACAAGCGUUUACACUACGGCCCGGACUUCCAGUACAAGGUGUCGUGGCGGCAGGCCGGGGGAAAGAGCGUGCACUGGAACCACAGCUACUCAAAGUCUCCCCCGUUCUCGGUGAACGACACAGGAACCUACGCACCGUUUGAGAUCAAAGUCCAGGCCGUCAACUCGCUCGGAGAAGGACCGGCACCGGAAGCAGAGAUCGGACACUCUGGAGAGGACGUACCUGAGGAGGCGCCAACGGGAGUAGAGUCAACGGUGAUGAACAGCACCGUCAGAGUGAAGUGGAGCGAGGCGCAGGGCGUCCGAGGGCUGCUGCUGGGAUACAAGAUCUACAUCAGGAGGUUGGGCGCCCAGGUUGGGCGGGGCCGGAGGUCUCUGGGGAAACUGCACCAUGGGGACGAAAGAGGGGAGAGGUCCGACCGAGGGACGGACAGAGACACAGCGAGCAGAGUGGAGGUCGUCCACGGCAUGAAGACGUCCAAGGAAGUGACGGGGCUGCAGCUGUUCUCCUCGUACGAGCUGUCCGUCACUGCCUUCAACGGCAAAGGGGAGGGGCCCCACUCGCUGCCUCACCGCUUCAGCACGCCAGAGGGAGCUCCGGGUCCUCCUGCAUCCCUGAGGUCUGAGAGCCCGACAGAGAAAUCCCUGAUUCUCUACUGGACGCCUCCAGUUGAAACGAACGGGAUCCUGCUGGGAUACAUGGUUCAGUACCAACAAGAGGUGGAGAGCAAAGACAGUCUGCUGCAGAUGGAGUUCAUCAGUGAUCCCAACGUGACCCACAUCGCGUUGGACCAUCUGGACCCCAGCAGCCAAUACACCUUCAAAGUUAUAGCCCGCACCGCCACCGGUGAUGGACCCCCUGUCACUCUGAGUGGCGCCACCCUGCUCGACGGAGUUCCUCCAACGAACGUCACCGUCGUCCAGGACAACACGUCCUUCAACCUGAGCUGGACACCUGGAGAGCGAGACAGGAACCACGGCUUCCACAUCCACUACCUCAGGAAGAGCGCUGGGGGUGAGUGGGAGGAGUCAGAGUUAGUGAACUCCACGCAGGGUUUCUAUUCGCUGACAGGCCUCCAACCAGGAACUGAGUACCACCUCAUGAUCCGACAUGGAAACGUUACUCAGUGGCACGAGGAGUUGUGGACGAUCGGACCAGAGCCUUCGGAGAUGCCUGCUGGGUUCGCCACUCAGGGCUGGUUGAUCGGACUCGUCAGCGCCAUCCUGCUGCUCAUCCUGAUACUGCUCAUCCUCUGCCUCAUCAAACGCAGCAGGGGCGGGAAGUACGCAGUGAAGGACAAGGAAGACAAGGAGGUGGACUCUGAAGCUCGACCAAUGAAAGAUGAGACGUUUGGAGAAUACAGAUCUCUGGAGAGCGAUGGGGAUGAGAAGCGCUCGGACAGCCAGCCGUCCCUGGCCGGGGACAGUAAGCUGGGCAGCGAAGACUCUCUGGCCGAGUACGGAGACAGCGUGGACAUCCAGUUCAACGAGGACGGCUCCUUCAUUGGCCAGUACAGCGGCCGGGGGCCGGUUCCCCCUGGAAACGAGAGCUCCGGUCCAGCCUCCCCCGUCACAGCCGCCCCGCCUCCCCCCAUUGCUCCGUCCAUGUCGAGCAUCCUGAACCGGCCCAGCUAGACACACACACAUCACAAAUACACACACACACACACACACACACACACACACACACUGCCUGCAACAACACACUGAGGGACACACCACUCCUGACUCCACUGCCUGUAAUGUCACACACACAGUCUCAGUACAUUCCACAGGUUUAUACAGUUCUUCUGUUUACAGGAUGUGUCACCUUUUCUACCACCUUACACACACACACACACACACACACACACACACACACACACACAACACACACACACACACCUAUAGACGCACCUGCACACGCACACACACACACACACAACACACACACACACACACAGAAAAUAUGCUCAAUCAGAUCCCUCUUCUGUACGGAGGAGAGACAGAGAGAGGUGCAGGACAGGAGAGGAAGAUGAAGAAAAGGGAAAAGUAAAACCAAUAAUUUCAUUUUUCAUCUAUGACCAAAAUGUCGAAACACUUUGUAGAAACAUUGAAGUCUUUUUCUGUUCCAGUAACACAUUUAGAAAUUGUUUUCAAUGUAAACGUCACCAUUUUUAAUUUUCAUGCAUCUUCAGACUUCACCACAAUGUGUCUUUGUCGUUUUCAAGUUACUUGUGUUGUUUUUGUGUAUAUAAGUUAGUGUGCAUGCGUCUGGGGAUGAUUUGGCAGAUUUUUGAUGUGUGCGCGGCUGAAACCUAAGAUGCAUGACCCUCCCUGAGGCUGAAUCAUUCUGUUGAUACUCCACAUUAAUGAGUUUAAAGAGUGACGGUCACUCUGUGCGUGUCUGUGUGCGAUUGUUUACUCUCCAUCCCUGACCUGCGGCGAUGAGAGAUCCGUUGCCUUAAGUGAGUCCAGUCGAUCCUCCUCUCCUUCUGUCAAUCAUCCAUCUCUCCUCACACACACUCCCUGUUCCACCAUCCUCCCGUUUACGAGGCAGGACCAGGAUGUUGUGGUGACACGCGGCGCUCUGCAGCCGAACAAAACCACAAAACCUAAAAAACGAAAAAUACAAAGAAACGAGGUAAAACGUUUUACGAGGUGCGAUCGAGAAGGUCAGAGAAGUUCCGGGUUGUGAAGGAAGGGGGCGCAGUCAAGUUCAACCAUCAUUAGCAGGUAUACGGAGGUUUUUUAAACUCACCUAAAAGUGGUGAUGGACUUGUUUCCCUUCGCCAGUAGAGGAGCAAGUCUUUGUGUUGUUUCCACCGGUGCGUCAUGUUCAACGUCACGACCACACUGAGGCGCUCUCUCACCUCCCUGUGUGACAUGUGGUGUCAUGGCGACAGAGUCAUGUGUUCUCCGAUUGAAUCCGUUCACACAAACACGAUACGUCACAGAAAACCAUUUAGUUUGUAAAUGUCAUCACACACAGAAACACAAACUCACACAUAUCAUAUACACACAUCACACACACACAGGGUCGGUCCUCUGUAGCAAAACCCAAUGGGACCCUCUGAAGGACGGAGGGAGGAUGGAGGAGGAGGAGGAGGAAGAGGAGGAGCUGACAGAAAGAGAGAAUCUGACGUGUCGUUCUCUGAAUGUAAAUAGAACCUUGAGAUUGUCAUUUUUUAUUUCCAUGGCUUCUUUUAUAAGAUGAUAAAUUGUACGUUUUUUUUAAAUAUCUGUUGCUCUGUUUUGAUUUUGUACGGCAGCGCUUCAACGCUGUAGCGUUUGUAUCAUAUAACCCCCACCCACCAUCGUCUCCUCGUAGGUUUUCCUCGUUUAGAAGCCCAGAGACAUUUAGAGUAGAACCAUAGUGAGAACAACCCCCCUUCAUCCAGUUAGAGAAGCAGCAGAAUAAAACACUGCUUGUUGAAAAGGUCUCGUCAGGAUGAUAACCUGUAUUCACCGAGGCGGAGCUGUGUGCACGGACCUGAGCGAGACGCCGUCUGGAUGGACCAACGCUGGAGAUCCAUCCAAACACUUUGAGCUUUUGUUAAACUGGAGCGUCGACCUUUUCUUUCAUUGUCCUCUUGUGUUUGUCUUUGUCCUCAGACUGAAGGACACGACACGUGAACACUGUCUGUUCAUCUUUAAACGUAAUAAUCCACAAACUCGUUGCCUUGUUAAACGUCUGCGCUCCGACACUGAUGCUGACUGUUCCUACGACUGGAAAUAAAGAUGGACGACAGGCUGCCUCCCAAAAGAGUGAAGACAAAACAUCUGUAUCUGCAGUUUAGGUCCUGAACCCCACCUCCUCCAUGUUAGCAGAUGGGACAUAGAUAAUAAUCACUGUACAUGUUAAAUAACGGAUGGUUUCUGCUGAUGCAGAUUUAUGGUCAUGAGACAUCAUGAUUGACAGCUGAGACUUGUGAUGAGUCCAGCCGGACCUCCAGUGUGAUGUCACUGCUGCACGGCGCCAAUGUUUUGGCUCCAUUUUUGUACAGUGGCAGGAAGUGGAGCUGCGUCGUCCAUCUUUAACCCCCGGCGUUGUAUGACCCUGUUUGUCUGCCUGUCUCUGUUGCAGCCUUCUUUUAUACAUAUAAACACGUUGGGAAAGAAAACACAACAUAAAAACUUGUAAAAAAUAUAAAGACAAAAAAAUUGAGAUAUAAAUAAUAACAAUACUGCUCAUGAUAACAACAACUGUGCUAUUAUCAGUUACCAUGACGCGGUCGGUGUUGUCGUCAGGAGCGACGAGUCGUUCACCACGUAACACAAUGAAAUCAGUAUCACAGGAUUCAGCAGGGAUAUUACAGAGGUGGUGGGGGGGGCUGCUGUGAUGUAUGUGUGAGUGUGUGUGUGUGUGUAGGAGAGGUGGAGUUCAACACCACACACACACAAACACGCACACACAUGUAGGGGGGUUGAUGGGGAGGGGUGUACUGCAAUAUUGAGGUGUGCUGAUGUUGUACCUGCUUGUUGCAUCGUGCGCUGUUCUGUAUCCGACUAACUAACCCAGACUCAUGAAUAAACAUGGACUACGCUAACACA